UGAGCUGUUUUUGUUUUUUGGACACAUCUCCCUUUACAGCAAAUCACAGCAAAAUUCACCUUUUCCCUGUCACAAGUAAUACUCGUUUAAGACACACAAGUAUUUUAUUGUUGACACAUGUGAAUGUGUUUCCAAGGGGUUUUAGAGGUGGAAUUGGGUUUUUUCAUGCCAGCACUUGCCACAUGAAACCAACUCUCAUAACCAAUCGUAACCAAGAAUGUCAAUGGAAAAGUAAGUAUACUUACUUUUUAUCGUUUUAUCUUUUACACUAGGCUCUCCGAUUUUUUCAAAAAAUGAGUCUUUAGUAUAAAAUCCCGUAUCGAUUUUGGACGUGCUGGAAGCACCCUCCUAGGUACUUUCUAAUCCUUUUAGAAAACAGAUCACAAGGGGCUGCACAUACAUAUGAAUCCCCUGGAGAACCUUCCAGAAGAAGCCUAUGCCAGCGUUCCACACACACCCCCGCCCCCCAGAUUGAUUGAAUUGGUCUCAGGUGGGGUCUGGGCGCAGGUAUUCAUUCUUAAACUCCCUGCCCAUCACCCCCGAGAUAGACAACAAAUGCGCCGGCGCCUCGGGCUGCCAGCACUUCCCUGGGUGGCCAAGGGGGCCUUUGGGGCAGCGACGGCAGCGGCCCGAGCGGGAGUCGGGUCCUCCUCCGAAUCGCGAACGGGGCAGGGCCGCCCCGCCAGGCGAUGGGGUCGGCUGGCUGGGGGCGUCCGACGGGGACAGCGAAGCCGGGCCGCCAGGUCUCGACUCACGCUCCCUCCAGCCCUCCCUACCCCCAUCUCCCAAACUGCACCCCGUGCUGCAGCUGCUACCCAAAUCCCGGUCCCAAGUUCUGUCCCUCUCCCCGCGACUCUGGCCCUGGCCUGUCGUGGUGGCCCAUCCGCUCCUCGUCGCAGCCACGCAGAUACCACUGAUACCAGCAUGUAUUCUGGGAAACUGAAGUCUGCAGUAGAUUAUAUUGAGAUUAAAUAUUUAGAACAGAUGGGGUCUUGCUAUGUUUUCCAGGCUGGUCUCAAACUCCUGGCCUCAAGCAAUCCUCCCACCUCAGCUUCCUGAGUCACUGGGAUUACAGUUGUGAUCCACCACACCCACCUGUUUUCUUACUAUGAGACAAGCAAGCAAUGGACUUUGUUCUUUAUAUGCAUGAUUUUAUUUGUUACAACAGCUCUAUAACAGUAUUACCAGUAUCCCUAUUUUAAAAAUACUGCUUCAGCAGAGUCAAGAGUCAAACCUGGGUCUGUCUGCUUCCAAAGCCCCUUCCUGGGUUUCUAACUUUGUUGUGCUUUACAAUCUCUUGGAGAUGCUUGUUGAAAAUGCCCACUCUUGAAGACAACAGGUUGGGGAAACCUAGGAAUCUGCAUUUUUUUAAAAAGCAACCUCUGAAAAUUUUAAAACAGAGGUUAUAGACCACAUUUAAGAGACACUGCACUGUUCUGCUUCCUAGCUGGGUCAGCUUCCAACUUGUUCUCAUCAGAGAAAUGGACUGGGAUAGAGAUUUUACCUAAGCCAUUUGUUUGCGUCCUCUCACCCUAACCCCCUAAAAAGGUAAGGGAAAAGUAGUUAUCUCUAUUGCCUGUUGAUGCCUUAAAUUUCUUUCAUGCUCUUCAGAGUGCUUUCCUAAUACAGUCACACUUUUCAUUUACUAAACUAUUCAAUUAUAUUUCUUUAGUUCUAUGUUUAAAAAGAGGUUUAUUUUGGUUGAAUUACACGAUAAGAAGACAUUUGCAGAUAAUUAGCCAAUGAAAAUAUUUCAUGAGGCAAACUUCUAUAUAAGUAAUAAUAGAUCUACUAUAGCUCAAUUUAUGAUAACAAGAGUUUUAGAAGCC